AUGAGCGAGCUUCUCCCUAUCCACUCUCAGCCCGAGAUCCUGCGAGGAGGUCAGCUCAGGGACUACCAGCUCGAUGGGCUGAAUUGGCUGGCCUCGCUGUACUGCAACGGCAUCGGAGGCAUCCUGGCAGAUGAGAUGGGGCUGGGAAAGACGGUGCAGACUGUGGCGUUCCUGGGCCUGAUGAUGCAGUGUGGGACGUCCGGCCCUUUCCUCCUGCUAGUCCCCAAGUCGACCAUGGGGAACUGGCAGCUGGAGGUUCAGAAGUGGAUCCCAACGGCCAGGCUGCUGGCCCUGCAGGGGACGGCGCAGGAGAGGGAGGAGCUGAUCUCGUCGGAGAUGGCAGCUGGGAGGUUCGACAUCCUGUUGACGAGCUACGAAGUGUUCCUGCGGCACAAGCAUGCGAUCUGCAGGGUCAGGUGGAGGUACGUGGCGAUCGACGAGGCGCACAGGAUCAAGAACGAGGAUUCUCAGCUGGCCCAGGUGGCCAGGGAGCUGAAGACUUGCGGGAGGCUGCUGAUCACCGGGACUCCGCUGCAGAACAACGUCCACGAGCUAUGGGCCCUGCUGAACUUCGUCCUCCCAGACGAGUUCCACUCCUCUCAGGACUUCGAGAACCUGUUCAGGCUGGACAGUACGACUGACGCUGCCGCCGUCACUGUUAACCUGCAGGGGAUCCUGGGCCCGUUCAUGCUCAGAAGGCUCAAGAGGGAUGUGGAGAGAAGCUUGCUUCCGAAGCAAGAGAUCAACGUCUACAUUCCACUCUCCAGCAUGCAGCGCAACCUGUACAGCCACAUCCUCAAGAAGGACCUUUCAGCCAUCAGCGGCAAGGGCGGCGACCGUUCCCAGCUGCUCAACAUCGUCAUGCAGCUGAGAAAAGCCUGCAACCACCCCUACCUCUUCGAGGGGCAGGAACCUGGACCCCCCUAUGUCGAGGGGGAGCACCUGGUGGACAACGCGGGAAAGAUGAAAGCGCUGGAUCAGCUGCUGAAGAAACUUCAUGCCAACCACUCGCGCGUGCUCUUGUUCUGCCAGAUGACCCGCAUGCUGGACAUAAUCGAGGACUACUGCAACUACCGCAAUUUCACAUACUGCAGGAUCGACGGCCAGUCGGUGGGAGCAGAACGGCAGGAAUCCAUCGCCGAGUUCAUGAAGGAGGGGUCGGACCGUUUCCUCUUCCUCCUCUCGACAAGGGCUGGAGGUUUGGGCCUGAAUCUGCAAGCAGCGGAUAAGGUCGUCCUCUACGACUCGGACUGGAACCCGCAGGCUGACAUUCAGAUCCGCCUCGCCGAUGACGAGAAGAAGCCCAAGGUCAAGUCAGCCAAAGGUUCGUUAGCUGGACGAUGA